CGGCUGGCCGCGCGCAGUUUCGGACGGCGACGGUUAUUUCAGCCGGCGGAGUUUCCUGAGGAGCAUCUCACCGGGGAAAUGGCCGGCGGAGGAGGCUUCUUCGCGGGACCCGCGAGUUCCGGAGCGGACUCGCCGCCACUUUUCAGCAUGAGGCGAAAGUCGAAACUUCAGGGAGCGGAGGAGGCGGUGCUGCUUGAAAAAGUGUUGGGCAUCACCACUCAGACCAGCAGUGGCUUUGCUUGUGACCCAAAUACAGGGCAAGUGGCAUAUCCAACAGGAUGUGUGGUUGUGAUUUUGAAUCCUAGGAAGAAUAAACAAAGGCACAUCUUUAAUACUUCCAGGAAAACUGUGAGUGCUCUGUCUUUCUCUCCUGAUGGGAAAUAUAUUGUAACGGGUGAGAGCGGGCACCACCCGGCCGUCCGUGUCUGGGAGGUGGAAGACAAAACACAGGUGUCGGAGCUCCAUGGCCACAAACACGGCGUGGCCUGCGUGGCCUUUUCCCCCAGCAUGAAGUACCUCGUCUCUGUGGGAUAUCCUCACGACAUGGUGGUUAAUGUGUGGGACUGGAAGAAAGGUACUCUCAUUGCCUCCAAUAAGGUAUCCAGCAAAGUUAUGGCCAUUUCCUUUUCGGAGGACAGCUAUUUCGUUACUGUUGGCCACCGCCAUGUGAAGUUCUGGUUCUUGGAUGUAGCCAGGGAAAUCAAGAUUAAGGAGACUGUCCCACUGGUGGGUCGCUCUGGCCUUCUUGGGGAGCUUCACAACAACAUCUUCUGCGACGUGGCCUGUGGCCGAGGGCGAAUGGCCAGAAGCACCUUCUGCAUUUCGUUUUCCGGGCUUCUUUGCCAGUUUAAUGAGAAGCGUGUGCUGGAAAAAUGGAUUGAUCUGAAGGUAUCUCUAGCCAAUUGCAUCUGCAUUAGUGAAGAAUUUAUCUUCUGCGGCGGCGCAAAUGGCACCGUGCGAAUCUUCCAAACCCACAACCUGCAUUACCUCUCAGACCUGCCCAAGCCUCACCCUCUGGAUGUCAAUGUCGCCAGAGAAGAAAUAAUGAGAAGACCUGAUGCCAUCUUUCCGGACAGCAUUGCCUUAGCCUAUGAUCCCUGCCAUCACUGGCUCUCCUGCGUCUACAAGGACCACAGCGUGUACAUCUGGGACGUGAAGGACUUCAGUCGAGUGGGGAAAAUCUGGUCAGACCUCUUCCAUAGCUCCUUCGUGUGGAAUGUGGAGGUUUAUCCUGAGUUUGAAGACCAUCAAAGCUGUUUGCCUGCGGGAUCCUUUCUUACGUGUUCGUCAGACAACACCAUUCGUUUCUGGAGUUUGGAAAAUGACACGCAAACCCAUUUCCCAAGGAAUAUUUACAGUAAUAACUUACUGGAGGUCCUGUAUGUGGAGAAGAACACCCAGCAAUUGCAGGAUACAACCAAUGCUCCCGAUCGAGGGGAAAACACUAACCACCUUGAUGCGAAAUCCGGCGUCCACGUGAUGAGCGUCAGCCCUGAUGGCCAGCACUUGGCUUCCGGCGACAGAGCUGGGAAUUUGAGGAUCCACGAGCUCAGAUGUAUGGGUGAAGUGAUGAAGCUCGAAGCUCACGAUUCGGAAGUCCUUAGCUUAGAAUAUUCCAAGCCAGAAACAGGGAUGUCCCUGCUGGCCUCUGCGAGCCGAGACAGGCUGAUCCAUGUGCUCAAUGUGGAGAAGAAUUACAAACUAGAGCAGACUCUGGACGACCAUUCCUCAGCCAUCACCGCUGUGAAAUUCACCGGAAGUGGAGACGUUAAGAUGAUUAGCUGCGGAGCUGACAAAAGCAUCUACUUUCGCAACGCACAAAAGCUCGCUGAUGGGAUUAACUUCGUCCGGACUCAUCAUGUUGCCGGGAAAACCACCUUGUAUGACAUGGAUAUUGAUAUAACCCAGAAGUAUGUGGCUGUGGCUUGUCAGGACCGAAAUGUCAGGAUUUACAAUAUAGCCAGCGGGAAGCUGCUGUGGGGCUACAAAGGCUCGCAGGGCGACGACGGAUACUUGUUGAAGGUCCAGUUUGAUCCUUCUGGGACGUUCUUGGCUACCAGUUGCUCCGACAAGAGCAUUUCCAUCAUCGACUUCCACACUGGAGAAUGCGUUGCCAAAAUGUUUGGACAUUCGGAAGUUGUGACGGGAAUGAAAUUUACCUUUGACUGCAAACACCUGAUCACCGUUUCAGGAGACAGUUGCAUCUUUAUAUGGCAUCUCAGCCCUGAAAUCACCAAUUGCAUGAGGCAACACCUGAUGAAACUGGAGCAAGCCCAUGAGUCCAGGAGAGCCAAGGAAGAAAUCUGUCCUCAGCAGCAGUACAGGCAGGAGAUCUACAUUGCCGUAUCCAGCAGGGAGGACCCCUGUCGAACCCAGGACCCAACUGGCUAUGAAACAGAGGAGGAGGAAGAAAAGGGAGAAGAGGAUGGUUCCCUUCAGACGCCAAGCAAAGAUGACUUCGAUACAGCUCCCGCCUGCGUCCUCACCAACGGCAAGCUGCCCAUGUGGGCCAAGAGGCUCCUUGGGGAGGCGGAUAAUUCGGAGAGCGGCUCCUUUGUCACCAAGGUGAGCUAUCAGCCCCAGGGGCGAUGGGCCGAGCGAGCCGGCGACAGGGAGCCGAUCAAGACCAUGCCAGACACAGACCUCAGUUACUUCACCCCCAUCAAAAACGACAGCAUGGACGACAUCGAGCUGGAGCCACAAAACCUGGACCGGCUGCUCUUGAAGAGCGAGGACUCCCCAAGAAAUGUGAUUGAACACUUCAAGCAUCUGGAUCUCUCCUCUGAUGACGAAAUCAUCAAAGAUCUGGAAACCAGCCGGACUGGCCCAUACGACACCCAGACUGGCAGCCGCCUUUCCGACAGCGAGAGGGAAUGUCUGAAGGAGUUGCCUCUUCAUCCCGUUUACCAAAAGGAUGCUGCCGGUGCAAAAGAGAAAUCCUUCGAUAAGAUCUGCCCUGUGAGUCCCUUGGGUUCCGAGGCCUCUGCUUUCGGUCGCAGACAGGAAGAUCAAGAAUCCAUAACCUCAGAGGCAGAGGCAACUGGCCUAUCCGAACACUUCCAGCAAAGCAGCUCUUUGCCCCAAACCCCGGAGAAGGAAAAAUACCUCAAGCAUCAUUUUGAGACCCUGGCCGAUGUUCACACAGAAGAAAAGUUUGACGGUUGUCUCCGGGACCUGAAGCCACCCGGCAGCAAGGAAGAAGAGGAGGCCGCCUUGUUGCCAAAUCGUCGCCUGAGCACUUCAGCCAGGUUUCUCUCGCACCGCCAGAAAAACAGCCGGUUUUCCACCGCUUUUCUUCAACGGCAGUACAGUGAAACGACGACUGCGGAGCUGGUUCUGGAGGAGAGUCCCGCUCCCAGUGAAGCCAAGAAACCAGAGAAACCUUCAGCGGAAACUUGCUCAGAGUUGAAGGAAGUGCUUGAUCCCAAAGUAUCCAGCACAUCAGAAGCACAGAUUCUCAUCAAAAACUUUGAAAGGCAUUUGGAACCUCUGUGCGCCAGAUUUCAAGAGGCUUUGCAGCUUUAUGACCAGGUGAGCGCCUGCAGUGGCUCCACCAAAGAGGAUCUUCUCCGUCUCAAGAGCCGGUUGUGCAGCUCUUUUGUCUGGAUGAAGACCGAGCUGGACCUGCGAGCGGUCAGGGACCGAGCGGACGCAGCGACGUCCACCGAGGGCCCUCCCUCCUGGUUGAAGCCCUUCCAGGACAACGAGACCCUCUCGCUUCUCAGGCAUUACUCCGACUCCCUGCUGAGCAUCGUCCAGAGAAAGCUGGGUGAAGCACACCAAAUGGACGAGGCGUGAGCGACCCUUUCUCUCCUCGUCGCACUGCUUGAGCUCAGGAAAAAUGUGGCACCUUCAUUCCUAUGUGACUCCCGAGGAGUUGGUUAGUUGUUUUUUUCCGAGAUCCCUAGUUCGAAUGUUAGCUUUUCCUUUUCCAAGUUUUCCCUUUCAGGCCACUUGGAAGCCACGUUCUUUAUAAGAAUGCCCAAAGAGUCGGAGAAGCCCUUCUGCACGUUCUGGGACUUCUCCCGUUACAGUGGGGUUUUUUUUCAUGUUGACAUUGUUUUAAGUGUUGUUUCUACCGGUUGUGAAAAUAAAUUGCAAAAUUGUAUUGUGCAA